UCGGGUCAUUCCAAUAAAAUACAGGGAUCAUCCCUGUCGCUUCGGAGAACUUAAAACGCGACCACGACCUGCUGCUGUCCUUUACGUGGAUGAUACGCUGCCUGCUUUUGCCUUUCAACGCUCUCCCCAGACGCACACUCUCUGUGAUCUGAUCUCACUGGGAUUUGUCGAUCACUGAAACAAGCAUUUUGAGAUCGAACUCAUUGAAGCCAUGGUCUUGCGUUACAACUUCUCCUUUUCUCUUGUAUUUUAGUGGGUUUAUUGCGGCAUAGAUGGGAAUGAAUAAUAUCCCUCGUCUUGUGCUCGUCCUUUUGCUGGUUUUUGUUAAUGGAGAUGAUGCAGAAGAAAAGGUUAAGGCAACAAAUUCAAGCAUUGUUUCUGAGUCAAAUCUUACCCCAUUACAUGAUUCGCCAGUUGAAAAAAGAGAUAAUGGCAGUUCUGUUGUGGUGCCAAUUGCAAAAUCCACUGAAGUUCUAUCACAUUCUAGUGCCUUGCUCAACUCCAGUGGAGCUGAACUGGUGAUGAACCAUUCAAGCCAGGGUGAAGGAGUUAAGGAGAAAGAUGAUAAAGAAUCUAAGCAGGAGAUACAUUUUCAUGUGAAAAAUGGGACAUUAGAGAAAGAAUCCAGUGAAAUGGCUUAUGGACACACUUCUCAUGUCAAAAAUGAGAAGUUAGAUAAAACUAAUGUUCCUAAUGAGGAAUCUAAUCCUGAAAACAUGACGGUAGAGGGAAGCAAAGGUAAUCCACAAAAAGAGGGGAAUGAGAAGGAGAAUUUAAGUGAGAAACCAAAGGUUCAAAAGGGGGUUCCUAGUUCAAGCAAGCCUGCUAGAAAGGAUAAAUAUGGAGCAGAAGAGUGUGAUGCUUCUAACCAGUGCAUGGAUGAGAAGAAGAAGUUGGUUGCAUGUUUGAGAGUUCCUGGCAAUGAGUCACCAGAGCUUUCACUUUUGAUCCAGAACAUAGGCAACGAAACUCUUACAAUCAAUAUUAUGGCUCCAAAUUUUGUGAGGCUGGAACAAAACAUAGUUCAACUCAAGAAGCAAGACGACAGAGAGGUGAAGGUCUCAAUCGGUAUCAGUAACAAUGAUAACUCCGCAAUAGUCCUCACCACCGGCAAAGGCCGCUGCAUACUUGAUCUCCGUGGCGUGGUAUUACCUGAGUCUAGCAAGCCCACACUUUUCCAACGACUUACCUACCGCACCAUAGGCACAAGAACCACAGUCAUUUACUUGUCGGUUCUAUCUUCUAUGUUAUUGUUUAUUGGUGGAACCUGGUUCUGCUGUAAUAAGCUUAGACCUGGUGGUGUCAAGUACCAAGAGGUGGAGACUGAUUUGCCGAUCUCAGGGCCAGGAAAACCGGAUUUGGAGGUGGGAUGGGAUGAAGGAUGGGGCGAUGGAUGGGAGGAUGAAGAGGCCCCGAGGACACCUUCCAGGCCAUUGCAAAGCUUGUCAGCCAGCGGGCUUAUAACACGAAGAGCGGGGAAAGACGAGAGGCCUGAUUUUCGGGUUGGGAGGGGGCCAAAAUUUUGAGAGAGAGCAUAAGAAAAGGUGACUAUUAUUUUGUUCAUUU